UAUACAUUCAAUAUGCUUAAAGCAUUGUCUUUCUUCCUUGUAUUUUUCUGUGUUGCUAAUGGCAAUGAGUCUUGUGACCGGAAGGAGAUGGAACACUUAAUAUGUAGUCUCUGUGGACAAAAGAAAGGAAGUGAACUAUCUACAUCCGGUACACAAAUUGCGUUUUAUGCAUAUAUGUCCAGUAAUAUAAAGAUCAAAACGUUAUCCAAACAAAAAAUAUUUGUUUAUGAUCGUGUUGAAACAAACAUUGGAAACGGAUAUGACGCUAGAUCUGGAAAGUUCAUCGCUCCUGAGAACGGGGUUUACGUCAUACACACAACGACUGUUGCGUACGAUAGAUCUUACAGCAUUAUAGAAAUAGUACAAAAUGGCGUUAUUAAGGACAUAGGAUUGGCUGACGCCUUUGAUCACGCUGACAGAGCCUCUUCCUCAACAUUAACCAUUUUGAAUUUGAAGAAAGGAGAUGUUGUGAAUACCAGAGUUGGUCCACACUAUGGAGGAAAUUAUCUAGAGAGCAUUACGUGGGCCAGAAUGAGUUUCUCUGGAUUUAAACUCAUGUAAAAUAAAUAGUCUGAAAAUAAAUUUGAAUACAAUUAUUA